CGCCCAUUUCCCGCCUCCACCAGGUCUCAUAUAUUUCAGAACAAACUGGAAGGUUGGAUUAAAACCUUUAUAUAUACAGUCUAUGAUUAAAACACGUACAUUUACUGUCUUUUUACAAACCGUGACAGCAGGACUGACACGUCGUCGUUAGAAACGAGAAUAAUUUACCAAUAAUUUUGUUUACUAUCGAAACUAAACCGAAACUCAGACAGGACAACCGGGAUGUGUCAAAGUCGGGACUUCUUCGUUUUAAACUGCCUCUUUUUAACGGUCCUGUCUCAAGACGGAUUACCACAAAAUGUGUCCCUACAAUGGAUUAAUGAUUUCGAGCAGAAGGUGACCUGGGAACCACCACAGCACCCGGUGACAAACUGCAGCUAUGUACUGACUGCAGUAUCAACAUACGAACCUGAAAUAGAGACACAUUUACCAGCCACGUCCCCCUUGAGCCUGAAGAUGGUGAUGCACGGGGGGUUUCUGAAUGUGUCUGUAAAGAGUAGUUGUACAAGAUACGAGCCAGUGCCGAGUAGCAGCGUCACUUACCCAGAUCUGGUGAAGGACUUGCAGUGCUUCAUUACUACCCCUACGGAAGCUCACUGCAUCUGGAAGAAGACCGCUCACACUCCCUUGAAUCUGGGGUUUUUCUAUCACUUAAACAACAAUGUCAUUAAAGAGUGCCCAUCGUACGUUUCCCGCGACAGGGUCAGGACCGGCUGUGAUCUGGAGGCAAACGCCAAAGAUUCCAUCAUCCUUUCAUUUAACGGAACGCUGAACAAGCAGACUGUGAGGAACACCUUCAAGAAGGCGCUAAUAAAGAAUGUGAGACCUCCUGCCCUGCAGUGGAAUGUCACCAAAAGUGGGGGUCAAUUCAAAAUCCACUGGACUCCGCCCAGCAUCAAAAUCACUUGGAAGUAUUUCAUUACAUACAAAGAAUGCAAUGAAAAAAAGACUUUAGGUGUUGUAGACGGGGUAACAACUGAGUUCACGUUUGUCCCUAAGUGUUCAUACCGAAUAACUAUUCAAGCCCAUGGAAGACUUGACGCAAAGACACUAUUGAGUGACGAGAAGUAUUUUGCUGCAGAGUCAGAUCUCAAUGCGUGGGUGUAUGUGGCCAUCAUCCUGCCGCUGAUGGUUGCUGUCCUGGCCGUCCUGACCAUCGUGUAUUGCAGGAAGAAUAAGGAGAUCCUCUUCCCCAAAGUUCCACAACCUCGGGACCUCAUCAGCGACAUUUCUGACAACAACAACACGAGCAUGGGCGGCAAGCUGUACAUCCCCGCAGAGAAGGAAGACAACUUUAACAUCACCCUGGUGACAGACCCCCAAAUCUGCAAACUGGUCAUCAGACACGACUCAGCCUAAAUCUGCACCAUUUUUCUGUCUCAACAAGACCAUAUAAAGACUGUUACACUAAUGAAUCCAGGAGAUUCAUUAUCCAAGCGCAUCAAGGGAGCUAUCAAGUCAAACUUCCAUUGAACCAUCAAACUGUGGCAGCUACUGCAUUCCUGUGCAUUGUUCUCUUCAGCAAAGCGGAAUGUGUUACACUGAAGGACUUCAAAAAAUAUCAAUAUUCUAGAUCUACAGUUGUUUUUUAACGCACAACAGCAGUGUGAUUUUGUCUGAUUUGUUGGGGAGUGUGUUUGUCUGUCUCUUAGCAGGAAUACCGAAAAAUGACUGUUACCGAUUCCCGUGAAAGCGAAGCACGGACCAAGGAUUAACCUCUUCAGUUUCAGAACCCAAUCACAGGUUGGAUACACGCAUUAUUUUUCACUCAAACAAACAGUCCACCAGUACAUUCCUAUUUAAUGAAUGUAAGUCUUUUGUUGCACUAAAUGAUUUCCUGCACUACUUUGGUGGAAUCAAUACAUUAAUGUGUCCCUAUUUGAAGCAAUACAUAUGAAAAUAAUCCCAUUUGUACAAAAUGUUAACAACAAUUUUGAUAGUGAUGAAUAGUUUUAGCACUUUCCAGGCAUUACAUCUGAAGUGUUGGUCCCAGAUUGUAUGAGGAUGUGAGGAGUUUCUGCUUUUCUCUGUUUUAUAUACAUAUCUUUGAGUUGAAUGGUUUUGUUUCAUAGAUACAGUUAUAUCAAAUGUUUAUGGAUAUGUGUGAGGAAGUCGAGGGAUGAUGAAAACUAUCACUGUGGGUACCACUUUACAAUAAGACUACCCUUAUAAAGGGUUUACGAAUAGUUUGUAAUUCAUUUAUUAAUUAGGUUGUGAACACUUUAUAAAUCAUUAAUAAGCUUUGAUACGACAUGAGAUAAACAGGGCAACUGUGACCGGUUGCUUGCCAAAUAGUGAGCCCACAUUUAUCUGUACUGCUAAAUCUUAUAUUGGCUACCUAGCUUACUUCGUCUUCUUCAUCAGCCAGCAUCCUUGCUAUCUGUUGUUCACUGAGUUGAUUCUCGCUAAGUAGCCAAUAUAAGGCUUAGUCAUCUUGCCAAAUAGUGAGCCUGUAGCAUAUGCUUGUCUCAAAGAUUAAGCCAUGCAAGUCUGGUUUAUAAAUGGUUCUUAAUGAUUAAUAAAGUGUUUACAACCUAAUUCAUAAUAUGAAUCCUUUAUAAGGGUAGUCUUAUUGUAAAGUGGUACCUCACUGUGGUAUAAAUGAAGCACUCAGUGAAAAUACUGAAAAUAAAGACCAAAACAGGAAGGCUGAAUGUGUUGAUGAAGUGCAUGGGUUUCACAUUGUAUGCUAAAUUCUUUGUUUGAUUUUUAAUAAAUGUUUAAAGUUUCUGCACAUAAAGAAAA